ACGUCAGACACAGCAUCCUGAGACAACUCACUCAGAAACAAAUCAUAAUGUCUUAUCCAAUCAGUUCUCAGCCUCAAUUUGUCACGGGGGUGUACACUAGCAGCUCCAGCCAAUGGAAUUCUGAAGUCAUGGACUGCUGUGAAGAUGUGGGCAUCUGUCUCUGUGGAGCAUUUGUCCCUUGUUUCUUGGCAUGUAAAGUGGCCACUGACUAUGGGGAGUGUUGCUGUUUACCAUGUAUAGGAGGAGCUAUCCUUGCCAUGCGAACAGGAAUCAGAGAACGCUACCGUAUCCCGGGCACUAUUUGUAACGAUUGUGUGUGCCUCACAUUCUGUGGCCCCUGCACGCUCUGCCAGAUGGCUCGUGAGCUGAAAGUGCGGAAAUGAAAAGGAAUGAACACAUGUGGGAUCUGCGUUUAAUUGGGGGUCAGAAAAUAAUUUGUAUAGGUCUUUAUAAAUAUGUAUUGUUAUACAUUUUCUAUAUUGAUUGCAAUCUGUUGUACAGAGUAUGCUCCAUCUUUAUUAUAAAGGAAGCUAAUAUUCAAGGAUAACAUAACUAUGAUCUGUUACACUUGUUACUGAGUGUCAUUGUCUUUGGGUAGCUUGUCCUUUUAGGCUAUUUCUGAUGAUGUCAUUAGUGCAUUUCAAAUAAUUUUGUCAUGGCUACUAUGACAUACAUAAUGAAGCAUCAUAUCCUGUAAUAUGACAUUACUUUUACAUUUUUAUGCCAUAGCAUUUCUCUGUAAUAUUGUAUUCCAUAGUAUUUUAUAUUUGCUUGUGUUUAAAUAUUAUAUUUUAUUCUGAAACAAAAAAAUCUAAAUAAAAUUUUGUAUCUA